AUGUUCUAUAGCCACGAAAUCCUUACAUCGCCCGAACAUGGCGUCGCCACCAUCUGGCUGGUCGCAACUCUAGGCUCAAGAUCCAUCACCCGCCGGUUCAACCGCAAGGCCAUUUUCGACGUCGACGUCCCCAGUGCCUGCAGGGUUAUCAUAAACCCUGAAGCGCCCAUGGCCUUACGGCUUCAAGGAAACCUGCUAUACGGCGUCUCCAGAGUCUACCACCAGCAAUGCGGCUAUACUCUGCUCGAUGUGCAGGCCAUGCACGACAAGAUGGUUACUAUGCUCCGACUCCUGCCCGGUGGUGGCUUGGAUCCCAGCGCCGGAAAGACAAAACCAAGCAAUUUGGUUUUGCCCUACGAUCCGAGCUUUCUACCUGAGACGAACCUCCCUGGCAUAAAUGUCGAGCUGCCCUUCAUCGAUCUUACAGACCCCGAUAUCGUAUUCCCACCGUCACAGUUCCUAGCUAGGUCGCCUUCCAAUAGCCACUCGAGUCUCCCAAAAGUCGGAAACGUUCAGCUCGAACUGCCUUCUGAGGAUGAUCUUGUCGGCGUCGACCUACAAGUAAGCCCAGAUGGCGGCAGUGCCCGGAAGCAUGUAAUAGGUGAUGAGGGGGGCGUCUUGCUACAGCCGGACUUUGAAUUCGAUGAAGAUGGCAAUAUCAUCGAGUUCGAUCCUAGCAUGCUCUCUCCUCGCAAGCGCCGGAAGACAGCGACCCCACGAGCAAGUGGAAUGCUUGAUGAGCAAAUGAAGGUCUCAGAGGAUAAGGAGCAAGACAUUCGGCAUGGCGAUGAGGGUAUGGAUAUAACCAUGCAAGAUGCCGAUCAGGACAUACUUCAAAAACUGCCAGCUGAAGAAGCCCCGAUCGCACCCCUCCGUCGAGCGCGUCAACAGCGAGCACGCAAGCUGAUCGCCACGGACGACAGCACCACGCUGCGCAACACAGACCUUGCGAACGCCAACAACAAUUACCUCACGAACAUGGCACUUGCCCGCCAACAGAAACAACUGAACAAGCAGCAGACGGUCAUCAAGAAAAAUGCCGAAUUCUGGGUCCUGCUCCAUGGCAUUGGCUCUGUAGGCGUCGGGCUGGGCGCAGACAGCGACAUGCACCCCCUCAGCGCAUUCUCCGGCACAGCUCUCUACGAAGCGUUAUGCGGAGAGCCUGCUUCCGACGGCCCGCAGGUCGUAUCACCUGGGAACAAGCUAAUUGGGAAUCCCGGCCUCGAAAUCGGCCCCAGUCCCCCGCGUGACGCAGACGUCGAAGUCGCGCGCGAUGCGCCAGCAAGCCUACCGGACGAACACUCGUCGCAGAUGCCCUGGAACAUCACCGCCUCGCUGCAAAGCUCUCGCUUCCGGCUCGGGAGCGGCGAGUCAUCUUCCUUUGGCUGGACUGGGCUAUCUAGAGGGCAACUCGGCGGUAGGCAGUCUGCCAGGAUGGACGACGAGCUCGAAGCUCGGGACAUUGCUGCGUAUCUUGAAGGCGAGCUGGCGACGGAUAACGAGGAUAUCUCUGUUCUGUCGCGCCGGAUCUCUGCUCUUGGUCGUGCAGCUGCGCUGCUGGAUCGCGAGAGUGCUAAUUUUUUCGAGUUUUUGAGGGGACGUUUGGAAGAAGCUGACGGGGGCCAGCUUUGUUUCUCGGAGCUGUUGCCUCCGGGCUCUACGUCGGCGGUUGUUGCUACGCAAGGUCUUAUGGAUGUGCUUACGCUGGCUACAAAGGGGCUGUUGAAAGUUGAGCAGGAUGAGUAUGAGGAUACGGGCGAAGGAUUUUGGGGGAAGAGGUAUCGGGAUGGUGAGAUUCGAUUGCGCUUGGGAGGAAUUUAG